GUUGAGAAUAAACCAUGAAAACAUUGUGAAUCCUGCCAUUGGCUGUGGUGGUUGCUAAGGAGUAUGUUUCUCCGUUGCUGCGUCGAAUAGGCAAUGAAAUAUCAGCGGUCACUGAUCAUCGCAUCUAUAUCAGGACCGAAUAUGGCAGCCGGUUGCAUUGUGGUGCCUCUCAUCAUACCGAUUCGAAUCCCCCCUCCUGGUAAAGCCAAGCAUGAGAUAGACACCACAACUCCUGUGGAGCUCAAAUCAGAUACCCAAGAUGUCACUAUUUACUACACUCUGGAUGGUACUAAACCAGAGGUGAUGAAGAGACCAGGGUUUGGAGAGAACAACACUUUGAAGUAUAGCGGACCAAUACGCUUACCUGAGGGCAAAGUGUCAGUCAAAGCUCUGGCUAUCACCAGGGAUGGUCGAGAGAGUGCCAUUGUCACCAAGCUAUUUCUGGUGGAGUAUGUGCCCUCAAACGAGCCACCUUCCAUUGAGGACAAGGAUGAUAACUUUCUGAAGGAAUAUGAACGAGACCUCUCUAGACAGGAGAUGGGGACAGCGAACGGUUCUGGAGAUGCCUCACUGAAGCUUCAAGUGCCAAAGACCUACCGGCCCCCUAAAGGUCCACGGUUCCUCAGCAGCCAUCUAGGGCCUGUGUCCCCUGCUCUGGAGCCCAUGUCUUCACAUCGUUCUCAAACACUGAAUGCAAGCUUGGAAGACAGUCCUUUCAAAAACCUAACCAGCACUCAAAUGUCAAGGAUCCAAAGGGAGACAGACUUUCUGAGGUGUGCAAAGUGCUUGAGCCAUCGCCCCUCAGACCCCUUUGCACGCUUUUGUCUGCAGUGCGGCACCGCUGUGCUGCCUGUGCCAGGCCAGAGGCUGCCACCUACAGAGGGUGGACAGAUGGGCUUGUGUGUCCACUGUAAAACAAUUGUGCCUGUCAACACCCCCACAUGUGUGGUAUGUGAGGCCCCCAUGAGCCCCCAGCUCCAGCCUCAGGCCAGCUUAAGACUCCAGAACAAGGUGAUCUGUCCGUCAUGUGGAACCGGAAACCCUCCGCAUAUCUCAACUUGUGUCACCUGUGAAACUAAACUACUGCAGCCACCCACUGCUGUUUUGGGUGGUCAGAGUGCCCCGACACUUCCAUCUGGACCAGGCAAGAUGAUGUCCUGUUCUAAGUGCAGCCGGGUCAACCACUCGGAUGCGCGCUUCUGUGACUGGUGCGGUUCCAAGCCUGGCCAUUCAGUCAGCUGUUUGAUCUGCUCCCGGUGCGGAGCGAGCAGCCACCCCUAUGCCAAAUUCUGUGGCUCCUGUGGGGUGUUUCUGGAGGGGCCACCUAGAGGGGAGUCACGUGCCAGCCUUGCCUAUUCCAUGGGGGGGAAACUGGAGUUGGAGCGAAUGUCCACUCACACCACUGACGGUGCCACUGCCACCUGGCAGGCUGUGCCCUCCUCCGUUUCCCCCGGUGUGACGUUGGCCCCGGCUCCAGCACGGACGGACCAGCAGACUCAGACGGUGGGCUUGUUCUACCCGUCGGGCACUGAAGUCCACAGGAAGGGCCAGCAGGUGGCGCUGGAGCUGAGGAGACAGGAGCAGAUGAGGGACCGCAGACCACUGCUCACAGCUAUAAGCCCAGGCAGAGGGUACUGGAGGAAGCAGCUGGACCAUGUGUGUGCUCACCUGCGCAGCUACACUCAGAACAACACUGAGUUUCGAGCUCUCAUAGGGGAGCCUCGCAUGGGCCGGAUGGUUUCAGCUGUGAUCCAGGAGGACAACUAUGAAGUCAGUUUGAGGAUCAACUUUGUCUCCGCCGGACUUGAAAAAACGAAGUCCUGUCAGGUAGACGGGACUGAGAAGCCCCUUAUCCUAUCAGAGAACCAGACGCUCAGCAGUGUGACGGAAGGCAUGAGUGGCCUAUCAGCCAGACAGACCAGCCUGGGUGAGAAAGAGAGUGAGAACGCUACCUCAAAGUCUGCAGCUUCCAGAACAGUGAAAAACCUCAGUCAGAGCUGGACCUCAGACGUUGCACAGAAACCGCCUCCAUCCAAAGACAGUCUGCUUCUGAGGGAAGUUGGCCCAGACGGGAGGGGGGAGAUCUCUGUGGUCCAGCAACUGCUUGAUGAGGGUGCAGAUCCCUCAUGCCAGGGGUGCGCCGGGCACCCUGCCCUGGUUGUUGCUGUGCUGCACGAGCACCACGAGGUCCUCCCUGUGCUGGUACAAAGGGGAGCUGACGUCAACCGGCAGUCUGGGCCGGUGAACAACACCGCUCUGCAUGAGGCUGCUGCUCUUGGGAGUAAGGGCUUACGGUGUGCAGAGACACUAUUAGGAUGCAACGCCAGCAUUCGGAAGAAGAACGACAGAGGUCUGACGGCCUAUGACUUGGCAGUCACUUCAGAUUGCAGCCCUUUGGUGUCUCUACUAGCUGCUAAGAUGGGUCAGGGCAUGCUAGACAGACUGGUCAAACCCAGGACUCACCCAAACCUAGAUGCAUUCCGAUGACAGAGAAAAUUGUGUGCGGCCCCCAAAUGGCACCCUAUUCCCUAGUAGUGCUACAAACAUCUACAACCAUUUGAGGAAAAACACCAAUUUCUUGUAAAUGGCUAAUUUGUUAAUACUAAAAAAACAUUCGAUUUGAAUACAGAUGCGCAAUAUAGUACUUGAUUAUAAUAAUACAUGGUACACAUACUACUAGCUAUAGUAACUAACACUAGUUCUAAGAGGCAUGUACACUGAGGUCCAAAAGUAUUGACAGUGACCCAUUCCAGCGCUUUGAAAUAAAACAAUAACUGAUGUUUAAGUGCAGACGGUCAGCUUUAAUUUUAGGAUAUUUUCAUCCAUAGAAAUUACAUCACUUUUAGUAAAUGGCCCCCCCCAGUUUAAGGAACCAAAAGUAUUUGAACAAAUUCACUUAUUCAGAAAGUAUUCAUACCGGUUGACUCAUUCCAAAUUUUGUUACACUCGGAAUUUAAAAUAUAUUACGUAUUUUCCUCUUACCCAUCUGUAAACAAACCUCAUAAUUACAAAGUGAAAACAUGAUUUUAGAAAUUGUUGCAAAUUUAUUGAAAAAUAAACACAGAAGUAUCUCAUUUACAUCACACCCGAGUGUCUUUCUGGGUAAGUCUCUAAGAGCUUUGAACACCUGCAUUGUACAAUAUUUUCCCAUUAUUCUUUAUACAAGUCUUCAAGCUCUGUUAAAUUGGUUGUUGCAAGACAACCAUUUAAAGCUUGCCAAAGAUUUAAGCAUAUUUAAGUCAAAACUGUAACUCUGCCAUUCAGGAAUAUUCACUGACUUCUUGGUAAGCAACUCCAGUGUAGAUUUGGCCUUGUGUUUUAGGUUAUUGUCCUGCUGAAAUGUAAAUUCAUCUCCCAGUGUCUGACAGAAAGCAGACUGAACCAAGUUCUCCUCUAGGAUUUUACCUGUGCUUAUUAACUUCAUUCCAUUUUUUAUUUAUCUUGAAAAUCCCCAGUCCGUAAUGAUAACAAGCAUACCCAUAACAUGAUGCAGCCACCACUAUUCUUAAAAAUAUGGAGAGUGGUACUCAGUCAUGUGUUGUAUUUUCCCCAAACAUAAUACUUUGUAUUCAGGACAAAACAAUGUAUUGUUUUGCCACAUUUUUGCUGUGUACUUUUUUAUUCGACAGGGUAGCCUAGUGGUUAGAGCGUUGGACUAGUAACCGGAAGGUUGCAAGUUCAAACCCCCGGGCUGACAAGGUACAAAUUUGUCGUUCUGCCCCUGAACAGGCUGUAAACCCACUGUUCCUAGGCCGUCAUUGAAAAUAAGAAUUUGUUCUUAACUGACUUACAUAGUUAAAUAAAGGUUACAUUUUUAAAAUUCUGUACAGGCAUCCUUUUCACUCUGUCAAUUAUGUUAGUAUUACGGAGUAAAAGUACUGUAAUUUCUUAACAGUUCACCCGAUAUGGAUGACAAUACCCUUAAAUUAAAGCUGACAGUCUACACUUUAACCUGUCAUUGUAUAAUUUCAAAUCCGAAGUGCUAGAAUACAUAACCAAAACAUUUGCCACUGUCCAAAUACUUUUGGAUCUCACUGUACAAUAUAUAUUCCAGCAAGCAAAUGAAGACAGAAUUCAGAAUGUGAGUGAUUUUGUUCUUUAUAUAAUUGCCACUUGGGCUGUCGAAUUAUUCAGAAAUGCGAGUGUAUAAAAUGACAAUAAAAUAUUGUCCUUCAGUCUCUUCUGUCGAUCAACAAAAAUAGCUCACCAUAGGUUCUCACAAAUAUAAUGACCAAAGAAACAGUGUAACAUACAAUGGCUAAACUGAAUAGCACAGGCACUUCCAGAUGUAUUUUUUCCUCCUUCUGACUGGUUGCCUGUAUAGAAAUACAAACCCUACAACAGACAACGACAAUUUGACUAGUAGACUCAAUAUGGCUGUUCACCAAUGGAACGUUAAUUUACAUGGGAUUCUCCAUUCUAGUAAUUAUAUUUCUUUGGCCCGAAUACUGGCCUGUCCCGUUUCCUGUCUCACCGCCGUAACCGCAGGAAGAAGGCAUGUCGGCACUCCUUGCUGUCCAGCGGGUAGUAUUUGUCAUAAAAGUCCAAGAUGUACUCCUCAGUCUUGAAGCCAAACUUCUGGUAUAGGAGCAUGGCGGGGUUACUGGCCGAGACAUGUAGAGUGACAUCUUUUCCCAUGCAGGUCUGUGGGGGAAAAGAGAACCUUGCCUGAAAAGAUAUCUUCCCUUUUUUCAACCACUUAACAUGUGCUGUUGUAGAUCAAUCCAAACCAUUUAAGUGCAUUUUAUAGUUAUUUAUUUAUAGUCAUUUCUUGAGCUAACUUGACUAAAUCUAAUGUAGCCGUAGGGUCAAGUUAGUUCCGGUCUAAAAAGGCCUCAGAACAGCCUCAAUUCGUUGGGGCAUGGACUCUUCGAGGUUUCAAAAGUGUUCCACAGGGAUGCUGGCCCAUGUUGACUCCAAUGCUUCAAUGUUGUGUCAAGUUGGCUGAAUGUCCUUAAGGUGGUGGACCAUCUUUGAUACACAUGGGGAAACUGUUGAGCAUGAAAAACCCAGCAGCGUUGCAGUUCUUGACACACUCAAACCGAUGCACCUGGCACCUACAACUAUACCCCGUUCAAAGGCACUUAAAUCUUGCCCAUUCACCCUCAAUGGCACACAUACACAAUCCAUGUUUCAAGGCUAAAUCUUCCUUUCGGCCUCCCUGGUGGCGCAGUGGUCUAAGGCACUGCAUCACAGUGCUAGCUGUGCCACCAGAGACUCUGGGUUCGAGCCCAGGUUCUGUUGCAGCUGGCCCCGACCGGGA